AAGAAACUUGCCCGAAUGCGAUUCGAAAUCAACUAAAUGAACGUCUAAAAAUGGUAACAGCAGAGAAUGAUAAGCUACGACAAGAUAUCGCCAUAUUGUUAGAAAGGAUGGAAAUAGUGGAGAACGAUAAUAAAGAAUUAAGGGAGAUGGUUGAGUCAGUCAAUAAGAAAAAUCAAGAUCUGGAUGAUGAGAUGAAGAGUCUUCGUGAAUUGUUGGAGGCCAAGAAGAGGCUACAACUUGGGCAGAUCGCAUGGGAACUCGAGGAGAAGAUUUGGGAUUACGUCUUGCCAAAUCAAAAAAAGGGAAGCACUGCUUAUCUCAAAUCAAUGAAACAUCUUCUAGAAAGUGAAGAUCUAAGCCUCGAAGAGAAAGAAGAAGGGAAAAGAAAGUGGGAAGAGUUAAAACGAAAGCUAAAGUGGAAUGAAAAAAGGCAUAAACAUGCUUUGUGGUUGCUCAAACAAAUCAGAUUCAAUCUUGCACAUCCGGACGUUACUGUUGAGAUGGCAAGGAAACUGAUAAAAGAAGGUAGUUACGUCGCUGAAAUAGAGAAAAAGUCGUGUGAAGAAAUCAUCGACAUGAUCGUGACUUUGGAAAACAUUGAGUAACUUUCAAAACGUUUUUAAGGAUGGACCUUAAAUUCGAAGGAAGGAUGAAUUUUAAAUUUGUAAAUAAUAUUAUUACGUAAUUGAUAGUCUCAGAACAGUGCUUUUAA